GUACUGUAUGUGGAGCAGUGUACAGUGAAGCGGAGGCAGAGCGGCUCCGCGAGCUUCUCUCCACUUUCCCAUAGAGAAACCCUGACUGGCCGCUGAGGGCUAGCUACACACACGCCCUCACGCCCGGCGAGCCCGCGAGGUCACUAUCAUAUGACAAAGGCUUUGCCGCAGUUCAUCUUCCUCCCUGUGUACUUUCCAUUUGCCUUCCUGGAAUCCUGCUGCAUCACAGAAGCUGGAAGUUCUGAUGUUCCACUGAAAUCACAAUGGAAAGUCUUGACUUGACUGGCACCCUCAGGAAGACCCCAAGCCUCUAGCGGUACCUGGUAUCAUCUCCAGCAUGUUAUAGAUGUGGAGGAUUCACUGGGAUAUUGAGAAAUACCAGAGGCGAAUUGUUCCACUGUAGUCACAGUAAUGAAAGGCAGUAAUAGAAAUAAGGAUCAUUCAGCAGAAGGAGAAGGGGUUGGAAAACGACCAAAACGAAAGUGUCUUCAGUGGCAUCCAUUGCUAGCAAAGAAACUUCUUGAUUUUUCAGAAGAGGAAGAAGAAGAAGACGAAGAGGAGGAUAUUGAUAAGGUUCAACUUCUUGGGGCCGAUGGCCUAGAGCAAGAUGUUGGUGAAACUGAAGAUGAUGAAUCACCAGAGCAGCGAGCCCGGAGACCAAUGAAUGCAUUUCUUUUAUUUUGCAAACGCCAUCGCUCUCUUGUACGUCAGGAACACCCCAGGCUUGAUAACCGAGGUGCUACCAAGAUACUAGCUGAUUGGUGGGCUGUUCUUGAUCCAAAGGAAAAGCAGAAAUACACAGACAUGGCCAAGGAGUAUAAGGAUGCAUUUAUGAAAGCAAAUCCUGGCUACAAAUGGUGUCCUACCACAAACAAGCCUGUGAAAUCCCCAACACCCACUGUCAAUCCACGAAAGAAACUUUGGGCCUUCCCAUCUGACUCUUCAAGAGACUUGCCAAGCCCCAAGAAAGGAAAGACUGAAGAAAUGCCUCAGCUUAACUUUGGAAUGGCUGAUCCUACUCAAAUGGGAGGCCUGAGUAUGCUGCUGUUAGCUGGAGAACAUGCUCUUGGCACACCAGAGGUAUCCUCUGGCACAUGCAGGCCUGAUGUUUCAGAAUCUCCUGAAUUACGUCAGAAGUCACCAUUGUUUCAGUUUGCCGAGAUAUCUUCAAGUACGUCCCACCCUGAUGCUUCUACAAAGCAGUGUCAAACAUCCGCCUUGUUUCAGUUUGCAGAGAUUUCUUCAAACACUUCGCAGUUGGGUGGUGCUGAGCCUGUAAAACGCUGUGGAAAGUCUGCACUCUUUCAACUGGCAGAGAUGUGCCUGGCAUCAGAAGGGAUGAAAAUGGAAGAAUCAAAGCUAAUAAAAGCAAAAGAAUCCGAUGGUGGAAGAAUUAAAGAAUUAGAGAAGGGAAAGGAAGAAAAAGAAAUUAAAAUGGAGAAAACAGAUGAAACUAGGUUACAGAAGGAAGCAGAAUUUGAAAAAUCGGCUAAGGAAAAUGUAAGAGAUUCUAAGGAAUUGAGAAAUUUUGAGGCAUUGCAAAUAGAUGACAUAAUGGCUAUAAAAAUGGAAGAUCCCAAAGAAAUUAGAAAGGAAGAGUUAGAAGAAGAUCACAAAUGUAGUCAUUUUCCUGAUUUUUCUUAUUCUGCCAGUAGCAAGAUAAUAAUUAGUGAUGUUCCCAGUAGAAAGGAUCAUAUGUGCCAUCCUCAUGGAAUUAUGAUCAUUGAGGAUCCCGCAGCAUUAAACAAGCCGGAAAAGCUAAAAAAGAAAAAGAAGAAAAGCAAAAUGGAUCGACAUGGAAAUGAUAAAUCCACACCCAAGAAGACUUGCAAAAAGAGGCAGUCUUCGGAGUCUGACAUUGAGAGCGUCAUAUAUACCAUUGAAGCCGUCGCAAAAGGAGACUGGGGCAUAGAGAAACUUGGAGAUACCCCUCGCAAGAAGGUCCGCACAUCCUCAAGUGGCAAGGGAAGCAUUUUGGAUGCCAAGCCACCAAAGAAAAAAGUGAAAUCAAGAGAGAAGAAAAUGUCAAAGGAGAAAUCCUCAGACACCACCAAAGAGUCAAGACCUCCAGAUUUCAUUAGUAUUUCUGCUAGCAAGAACAUUUCUGGUGAGACGCCAGAGGGUAUAAAAGCAGAACCAUUGACCCCUAUGGAAGAUGCACUACCACCCAGCCUAUCAGGACAGGCCAAGCCUGAGGACAGUGACUGUCACAGAAAAAUAGAAACUUGUGGUUCCAGGAAAUCCGAGAGGUCUUGCAAAGGUGCUCUUUAUAAAACCCUGGUGUCUGAGGGCAUGCUCACCUCUCUGCGAGCUAAUGUUGACAGAGGAAAACGAAGCUCAGGAAAAGGAAACUCCUCUGAUCAUGAAGGGUGUUGGAAUGAAGAAAGCUGGACAUUUAGUCAGAGUGGGACCAGUGGGAGCAAGAAGUUCAAGAAGACAAAGCCAAAAGAAGACUGUCUCCUUGGCUCCGCAAAGCUGGAUGAAGAAUUUGAAAAAAAAUUCAACAGCCUCCCUCAAUAUAGUCCUGUUACAUUUGACCGGAAAUGUGUACCUGUCCCAAGAAAAAAGAAGAAGACUGGAAAUGUGUCCUCAGAACCGACUAAAACCAGCAAAGGUCCUUUCCAGUCUCAGAAAAAGAACUUAUUCCACAAAAUUGUCAGCAAAUAUAAGCACAAAAAGGAGAAGCCCAAUGUUCCGGAAAAAGGAAGUGGGGAUAAAUGGUCAAACAAGCAACUCUUCUUGGAUGCCAUUCACCCUACAGAAGCCAUAUUUUCAGAAGACAGAAACACCACGGAGCCUGUUCAUAAGGUUAAAAAUAUCCCAUCCAUUUUCAACACUCCAGAGCCAACAACAACGCAAGAACCUUUGGUGGGCAGCCAAAAGAGAAAAGCAAGGAAAACCAAGAUUACACACCUUGUCAGGACAGCAGAUGGCCGGGUAUCACCAGCAGGAGGUACUUUGGAUGACAAACCAAAGGAACAACUGCAGAGGAGUCUCCCUAAAGCAACUGAGACAGACUGCAAUGACGAAUGCUCACACAACACCGAGGUCGGGGAGACGCGGAGCAGUACUCCAGAAAUGCCUGCCGUGUCUGCAUUCUUUAGCCUCGCUGCGCUGGCUGAAGUGGCAGCCAUGGAAAAUGUGCACAGAGGUCAGAGGUCAACUCCGCUCACCCAUGAUGGACAGCCAAAAGAAAUGCCACAGGCUCCUGUACUUAUUUCCUGCGCUGACCAGUGAAGCGCCCUUUCAUUGUAAAACAUUGUGCUUUACCUACUACCCUAGCCUUGUCUUUACCGAGGGAUGCUAGUGAGUCCAAGUGGUGGAAAAUAUAGACUGCAAACAAGUGCUUGUUGCCCCACACGGCCCAGAUUCACUUGAAGCAGAAGUUAGCAUCCUGGGCCAGUUUGUUCUCUCAGAACCCAGAAUCUUUGAGGGUAAGGUUAUCUGUCUGAUAUUGAGCAGAAACAGAAUGAUCCUGGAGCUUUGCUUUCUAUUGAAGGCUUUUGACGGUAAUAGGUGGUAACUUGGUAAAAGGCUGCCUUUACUGUAGCUCAUCCAGCAUCUCUUUUACCAACCAGAGAGUGUGAAACUAGUUUCAUAUAUUACCUAGUUAUUCUUUCAAAACAAAACAAAAAAAAAACAAAAACUGACGCACUGCACUAGUUAUUAUUAGAUAUUCUUAGUCUUUUUUGUACAUGGAGAUUUAAGUUUAAGAUGGUUUAUAUAAUAGGUUAUACCUACAUUUAUAUUGUAGAAUAAAUAUUAAAAAGCCUGUUCCAGAGACUCCCAAGCAGCCUGGGCAGGCAGAUGUACCAUUGUUAGUGGUGUAUGCUCGGCCUCGUGGUCCAUAUAUUCUGCACUUUUGUAUUUGCCACCAGAAUGGUAGUUUGCUGGCAAAAAAAAAAAAAAAAAGAGAGAGAGAAAAAAUUACAACUCUUACAAUCUGAAUUUUUUUCUUAGCCUUGAGUGACCAAGAAGAAUUUGCUUGAGGCAAAUUGUGGCAAAUAUUUUCCCAGACAGGGGAAGAGUCCUGCAGAUUACAGAUUACUGGUGUUUUCAUGCCUUGAGGAUUCUUUUAUUUUUACACAGGGGUCUAAGUGACCAAUGGAUUGUUCAUACAAACAAAAAAAAAGACAAAAAUAUUAUUCAGAAGUGACCUUAGUAUUACUUCACUAUUCUAAACACAUUGAAGACACUCACUUCAUGUGGACUUGGAGCUACAGACCUUUUACAUCCAUCACAGAUUGACUGGACGGGUUGCAAUUGCUAUGCACAGCCUGAUUGGCACUGCAGGUUUUUAGAGCCAUUUUGAGUUUGUGUUGUUUAGGAGGUACUGAGUCAAUGAUGAGGGAGGUAUGCCUGACCAGAGUGGGACUCUCAGUCAUAGAUCCACCUGCAAGUCUCUGUUUCCUUUUUGUGUUUUGUUGCUUUUGAACAUAAAACCAACCAUACAUAUGCCAGCGCCAAGUGGAUUAACUGGCUUAGAACAUUCAACAUAUUGACUUAACCACCUGACAUUCACAGUGUCUUGUUUCCUAGCAACAGAUGCAAAGUGAUAAAUCAAAAUCAGUCUGAGGCUACAGAUUUUACAGGGUAUUUGUUCUAUAGCACAAAGUAUUUCCCCACUCUUGCGUCACAGCACAAACUACCAAAUUUUAAUUAUUGGAUUCCAGCAAUAAUUUUUAAUGGUUUUCAAACUGGCGGAAUUUUGACAGUGCUAGUUCGAGUUUGAAGCUUUUGAAUUAGAUCUCUAAAUGGUGACAGUUUACAUGGUUUUAUCUAGCUUUCUUAUUUAUACUUGACUGAAUUGUAAUGAUUUUUUUUCUAAUUGUAAUUUGACGUAAUAGCCAUACAAAAAAUGACUCUAUUCAUACUAGGUUUAGCUUCUCAUGGUUGUAGAUAUUACUUCAGUUCCGGUGCUGGAAAAUAUGUACAACAUACUAACAGGAUUGAAAAAAAAAUAGAGGUUUUUCUUCUUGUUUUUUUUUUCCAAAGCAGGUAAAGAGGGUAGCAAAGCAUCGGAAUGAUGUACUCAAAAAUGCAUAUUCCUGGUGGGGAUGGAGGAAGAAGGCAUUAGUAAAAGGUUAAUCAAACGUUACAGCUUAACCCCAUUCAUGUAGGAAUAAAUCAAGUGAGCAGUUCCAGACUUUAGCAUAAUAUUUUUACUAUGAUGCCGUUUUAUUAAUAUUUUCUAAAUUUCAAAACAAAAAGUGAAUGUUUGAAAUUGCUGGGUCCUGAUGUUGGUGGCUGUUGGAGUUUUGGACCACUCGCUAGCAGUGAUUUGAAGAUGAUAAUUAGCUAAAAUCCAAAACAAAAAACCAACAACAAAAAUUGUAUGGUGCGGAACAUGCACCUUGACAAUGGUACUAACUUGUUAUUCUAUAGAACACGUUAGAAUAGAUCUAUUUUUGCCAGAGCACCCUCCUUCAGUCCUCCGAUUACAUUUCACUAGAGUUCCUUACGAGAUUGCUGUAUAUUCAUGGGACCUUUUUUUAAAAAAAAAAAAGCAAAACAAAAGAUUACUUUUUUUCUAUGUGAUGAAUAUCUUACUUGAUCUGCUUUUCCUAAACCUCAGUGGCUUUUCCCUUAGGCAGGGUUGGGGGUGGGAGGGCAACUUACUGGAGAUGACUGUUUUCAGAUACUUUAAAACAAACCUUUUUGUAGAAAUGCUUAAUUUUUAAGCGGUUAGGCACUGAGAGUAGCAGAAAUCCUGCAAAGCUUUAUAGUUCCUUAGACUCACCUUGUCGAUUCUCUGAGUAAAGUCUUGAUUUCAAUAAUUGUGCUUCUCAUGCCCUGAAUCUGCUGGAGAGGAGUGUUGUUAUUUUCAGGUAACAACAUUCGUUAGCACAAAUAUUUCAGACCAGUAUUAGUGCUCUCCACCCCACCCCUUGUUAUCAUUUUCAUUUCAUUUCUCUCAUUCUUUUUUAUUUUGGAAAAUCAUAUUGCUAUAGUGUGUACUUUAAUCUGCCAGCAGAUACCAUCUACACUAACAUUUGUCCCACAGCAUCCUCAAGAGAAAAAGUUGUUGCACCUUAUAUAUAUCUCAAGCAAACCAAAAUAUGAUGCUCUUCUGCUUUGUUUUAUUCUAAAUUGUUGUAUCAUAUCUUUCUGAAACCAUUCUGAAUUUAGUUGAAAUUAUCAAUAUUUAUGCUUUUAACCUUAAUUUCUGGAUUCAAGCCUGUAUAUAAAUCUUUUGAAAAAAAAUUGUCCUAGCCCUUCUCUGCGAUGCUGGAAGUAGAAGAUUGCGUCUCAGAUGGAGACGCAGUACUGUUCCAGUUUUCUUUAGCCUUUUAUUUAUUUAGUUAUUCUGGGUAUUUCCUAUGUAAUUUUGAAGUGUGUAGAGUAUAUUAUAGUAACUGAAGCUGCAGCUGUAAGAAGCUGAGUGAAAGAAAAAAUACUGUAAGACAUCCUUAAAGUUUUUCUUUGUUUGGGUACUGUAUAUGAGAUCAGGAAAAAGAAAAAUGUCCCACAGCCACAUUGGAAAUACAGGUUCUUGUCCCCAAAUUAGGUUAGUUCCCAGAUUUUAGAUCAAAACUGUUAAUUCAUUAAAACCCCUUUUAAAAGGUAAAUUCUACUGUUGUAAUUCCGAUAAGUCUUUUUCCCACAAAUAUCAGAAAUGUAUUUAUUUAAUUCUGUCAGAUGAGCUUUCUACCGAUGCCAUGUCCCAAAGCCAUGUUAAAAUAAUUCCCACGUUAUCAUUGUGAUUCUACUUCCUGCCACCAAAAUUGCUGGAGAAACAAAAUAAUGAUGGAACACUAUGAACAAAAAGGAGCAUCUGAACUGGUCUGGUUAUUUAGAAUCCAAUGUGUUCAAAUCCUUUUGUUUUCUUAUUAAGUCAGAUGCUACUGUAAGUCAGAUAAAAUUUUGUUUGCACUCUGCA